AUGGGCCAUAGUCGAACCAGGGUGUCUUCAGAUAGAUGGAUAAUAGCCUUUCUUGUGGUCUUCGGGAUUAUCCUUCUGCGCAGCUGCUGCUUCGCCUCAUGGAUGUACCUGGGAGUUGCUUCCCUGGCCGGUUCUCUCCAUGACGACACCUGUAGCGAGGUCCCAGGUUUGGUACACGAGCAGUUACAGGUGUGCGAGAGCAACCCACAGUCUCUCCUUUGUAUCAGCGAGGGCGCCAAACGAGGCAUCCUUGAGUGUCAGAGCCAGUUUCGAUUUGAGAGGUGGAAUUGCAGCACCCAGAAAAACUACACAGUUUUUGGCCCAGUACUCAGAAAAGGUACUCGGGAGACCGCCUUCAUUUACGCCGUGCUGAGCGCUGGAGUGGUCCACGCUGUGACCCAAGCCUGUUCGGUUGGCAAUUUAACCGACUGCUCCUGUGAUAUGUCCAGGUACGGAGAAGCAGACGUGGAUGGGUGGAAGUGGGGAGGCUGUAGCGACAACGUCAACUAUGGCCUCUGGUUCAGCCGGACAUUUGUAGACGCUCCAGAGACCAUCUCCCAUCAGACGAGUCGAACCAUUCGCAGUCUGAUGAACCUACACAACAACGAAGUGGGCAGAAAG